AUGUGGUACAAAACCGCACUACCUGUUGCAUUAUCUGGUCGAGACAUUAUUGGCAUAGCAAAAACAGGUUCUGGUAAAACAGCAGCAUUCAUAUGGCCAAUGCUGAUACACAUAAUGGAUCAAGAAGAACUUAAAAAAGGAGAAGGACCUAUUGGAUUAAUAUUGGCGCCUACAAGGGAAUUGACAAGUCAAAUUUACAUUGAAGCCAAAAAAUUUGCAAAGAGUUACGGAUUGAGAGUUGCUGCAGUUUAUGGCGGUGCCUCUAAAAUGGAUCAAUUCAAAGAACUGAGACAGGGUAAUAUAGAAAUCCUUGUUGGUACACCAGGAAGACUUAUUGACAUGGUAAAAAUGAAAGCAACAAAUUUCCGUCGAGUUAGUUUCUUGGUCCUUGAUGAAGCUGAUCGAAUGUUUGAUCUUGGAUUUGAACCACAAGUACGAUCCAUAUGUGAUAAUAUCCGACCAGAUAGACAAACAUUACUUUUUAGUGCAACCUUUCCCAAAAAAGUGGAAAAAUUAGCUCGUGAAGUUACAACAGAACCUAUUAGAAUAUCAAUUGGCAAUAUUGGACAGGCAAAUACUGAUAUCACACAAGUAUUUGUUAUUCUAACCGAUGAUGGGUAUAAAUGGGACUGGCUGAUUUCGAAUUUAGUGGCACUUUGUGUUGGUGAGUGA